UAAUUUCAUUAAAUGCUCAAAGUUCACGUUCUCACACCAAUCGUGUGGCGGAAGCCAUGUCACUACCUGUAUCGCCAUCAACCUGUACGUCCUUCAAGCGCGCGGUGCGGAUCUCCCGUCGGAGUGGUGAAUACAGGUAUUUUCAAGCCCGUCAGUUGUUGUUGUUGCCUCUUUACCACAGAGGCGGUUUCCCAUCCACAACUGAAUCUGUCACUUGGAGGUAUCAUGAUCCUCCUACCAUCAAAGUCACACGUCCAAUCAAUACAACCUGGAACAACGGCAUGUGAUAUAAAGUGACGACAAGGUGCAUCUGGUAAUAACCCCACGGCAUCCGAGAUUUACGUUUAGUUGGAUGACAAAGAGGGGGAAGCACCAUGGCUCCAGCCGGUGAAAAGUUCCAUCUCUAUUACUAAACCGUCCCCUAUGCUGUAUCUUUCGUGGGUCUUUCUCCCCGUUCACAUGAGUUACAUCUCUUCACAUCAAAUACUCGUUCGAAAACAGCCACUCAUUCUCAGUUUCGUCCGUACCUACUCCAUACACCUGCGUUACUACAGCGCCUGGUCAGUCAGUUGUAGUCGACAUCCAUAGACUAGAAUUAGACCAGAGCUUUCCCUCUCUCGCAAGCGUGGCACGUCCUGGUGUCAAACGAGCAAUCACCCGGCUCAUAAAAGUGGAACUCCCGUCCGGCAGCUUCCAUUGAUUCUUCUCUGACGCUGCAUGUUUCCUCCACCAUUGCGCGCUACUAAUCCACACCCCAGCAGCCGCUACGCUACCUACCCUGCCGGCUUGCUACUCUAAACUGGCUGCAGCCCCGCUUGUGUGUGCGUCAACUCUAUUAACAUUAUAUGUACUAAGAAAUAUUAGAGCCCGACCGAGAGGGACGCCCGGGAACCUUGCAACACGCCUGCAGAAAACACUGCAAGUGGCCCAGCCAUCAUUAGGUACAUUGAUUACUUACGAGGCUUGUUGUUUACCUCGCAGCCAGACAUCCCAGAUCGGACGCCCGUUCUCGCAUCACAAUCCAAGACCCCAGGUGACUAAUUCUACAACUGCUUUGCGUCUGUAGCCUUUCCUUCCCUUCCAGUUCCCCUCCCGUCUCCAACGUUGGCUCAGCUAUAAACCUUCGGCCAACUACCGGUGCUAGUCUCUCCGUCCGCUCCAGUCUUCCAACUUUCCGCCUGCUCUCAGUCCUCCCUGGCCGUCUUCCACCGGUCGAUCCAGAUUCUUCCCCCGUCACAGUAUUCAGCCCCAGCCUCGAUUUCAAAACUGCACAGACAUCGAUCGCGACGGGCCCAUCCUCUUGUUAGUUCGAGAGGCCUCGGUUCAGCCCUGACAGACUUCUCCGCAACCCGUCGUCAUCGUGGGCCUGCCCUCCUCACGUCAAAGGGACGGGACGCCUUGCCUAGGUACUCUGAAAGAGCCUGGAUCCCGGCUUCCAUUGCUCCAUCCUCCGGGUUCCACCCUUUACACACAAACCACCGCGCGAGAUCGGACCCUGAGUUUCGAGUCUUGAAAUCUUCAGACAUACAUCAUUCCUUUGUCGUCCGGAACAAGAGUCCGUAGGCCCAUAUAAAGCACCAGCUGCUGUUUCGACGUCCUCGAUACCUCGCUUUCUGUUCUAGCCAUCAACAUACCCAAGGUCUACAAGAUACCAACAUGGGCAAGCCCCCAGCAUACCUUUUCGUUGUGAGGCACGGAUUGCGUCUCGAUGUAGCCGACAAAGACUGGCAUCUCACGUCGCCGACCCCCUACGAUCCCCCCCUCACCUAUGGUGGCUGGAACCAAGCCAAAAACCUUGGAGCUCGGAUAGCGACCAUUAUCCGAGAGAGAGUCGAGGAGGAUGAGACAGCUGCCAAGGCUGCAGCGCAAACCGAUCCCUCGGCGAAACCGAAACGCAAACGUUACGAGGUCGUCAUCCACAGCUCCCCGUUUCUGCGAUGCAUCCAGACCUCCGUUGCCAUUAGUGCCGGCUUAGCACAAGACUCGACCCCAUUCGGACCCUCUACGGGUGGCGAUGACAAAGAGCUUUCAGGGAACUUUGCCCACGGACACCGAGCAAGGCCGUCAACUGCGUCCAAUUCCGCUUCUGGCCCAGCACCCUUAAAGAUACAAGUAGUUCAAGGGACGGCCAUCCGCAAAUCUGUUCUCCGGCUGGACGCUUUUUUGGGCGAGUGGCUGUCACCUAGCUACUAUGAGCUCAUCAGCCCGCCACCCGAGUCUGUCAUGAUGCUUGCAAGCGCCAAGGCAGAUCUCCUCAGACGCGAAGAUUACAGCAGCUACCCUCAUUUCAACGCUUACAAUCACUCAAAUCUCCAAGGGCAGCUUUGGAGCCCGACCCCGCAGCGCACGCACAGCUCCAUUGACCUUCUGGAAAAGGGUGACCUGCCCGGUGUGGCCAGUUCUGUGCCUAGGAGCGAGAGCGCCAGUAGCCAAAGUACCUGCCAGUCCCAACCCGAUUCUGCCCUGCAAUCGGCCAGUCAUCCUUUCCCAGCCAUGGGCUACGUCCCCCCAGUUCCCCAUUAUGCAAUCAACAACAAUAGCACUAUUCCUGCGGGUUAUGUCGCACAUGCUCGGGAUGCGUGCUGUGAUAUUGACUACCAAUGGGAUUCGAUGCGGGCUCCUCUUGAAUGGGGCGACGGUGGCUCCUUCCCCGAAGAAUGGACCUCGAUGCAUUCAAGGUUUCGCGCAGGUAUUCAGAUGCUAGUUGACUGGUACUCCAAGGCCGAGCACCCUACCAAGAUGGUCACCAAGACGGUCUCUCGGUUCGGCCGGAGAGAGUCAACUCAGGCCCAGGAACCCGAAGACAGCGACGACGUGGAGAUCGAAUCUAUCGUUAUCUUGGUAUCGCAUGGUGCGGGAUGCAAUGCACUGAUUGGCGCCAUUACCCAUCAACCAGUCCUCGCAGACGUUGCCAUGGCGUCACUUACAAUGGCGGUUCGGAAACCUGAUCAGGAAAUACAUGAGAACAUCCAGCGAACGAACACAGGCCAGAAGGGAACGAUACCCGUCCAUCACUACUAUGAUCUCAAGUUGUUUGCCAACACGGACCAUCUGCGUAUCCCUGGCCAAGCACCGAAUCUGUCGCGGUCUACAUCCAUCUCCGUUGCUAGUGUCGCCACUGCCCGGAACCGUUACACUCACUCUCACUCUAUUUCCACGUCGAAUUUCUCCUACCAAGAAACAGUGAGAGGGGGAGGGGAUGUGCCUAACAAUUCCCUGAGCGCCAGUCGCAGAGGCUCUAGUGGCUCCUCCACCACUCCUAGGUUUGUAUUUGGUACUUCCAGUGCCACCAACGGAAGUGGAGGUGGUAUUACGGUUGGAAGUGGUGUCUCAUCAUUCGGCUUGAGUAAGCCUUCGAGUCUGUCAAUAGGUCGUGGACGUAAGACUUCUAUAGGCCUGUGGUCACCAACCAGUCUCCGCAACAGUACUGGAUUCGAUGAUGACGAUGACGAUGAUAACAUGGUCCUCAAUUUUGGUACACCAGCAAAUGAUUCCAAACCUUCGACUAUGAAAUCGUGACCUAGAGGUCAAUUCGGCGAUUAGUUCAACGACAUCGUGCGGGCAACCAUCCCUCGCAACAAUUUCCUUGGUUGUAUUCAGCAUCAUAAGCAUACGGGAUAAGCGGGCGUUUUGGGUUUAUUUUACAACUUUGUCUUGCCCCAAUACCAGAGUAUGGGGGUCUUUUUCUUGGGUGUGGAAACUGGAGAACUUAGGAUGUCUUUGGAUUCGGUCCGGGCAUUAGGAGAAAACAGGAGAGAAAAAAGGAUAGGACACAUGUGGGUGUACGCCCUCGCGGAAGAAUGAACCCAUUCAGCUUGUUUGCCUUGCUUUUAUUUCUUAGGGCUCUACGGUUAUGGUAACACGGCGCAAACGGUGUUUUCUCCCCUCCUCAAUCUCCCAAGCAUAGGUUAAUCUGUAUCAAUAAAAAUGCAGUUAUAUUUUGAAUUACAAUACCGUUCCUUCUCACCUAUACGAAUACCGUUUGUGCAUAGCAUGUACGUACACAGCUGGCCACAGAACAUAUAAACCAUU